GAGGUCUUCGAGACAGAGGCUGAAACGGCCGAGGCGGGGGUGAGUAGGUGGUAAGCUGAGCGUUGCUGCCCCGAGAGCUGUGUGUGUGGGACCCAAGUCCUGGGCUCGGAGCCAGUUUCUGGCCAGUGCAUUCUCCUCUGCCCUCAGAGGAGACAUCAUCAGUGCCCCAAGGCUCUGGGAGGCAUGUUCAGGAAUACAGCGGCCAUCUAUUUGCAUCUGGUGGGGCCCCUCUGGGGAAAGAAGUCUGGAGCUUCGCUCACCCGGUGCUUGCACCAGACUCUCGCCAUGGCCAAACGACUGCCGGCUCGAAGGCUGGACGGGAUCGACCACAACCCGUGGGUGGAGUUUGGCAAACUGGCCAGUGAGGCUGAUGUCGUGAACUUGGGCCAAGGCUUCCCCGACUUCCCACCCCCAGACUUCGCUGUGGAAGCCUUUCAGCACGCCGUCAGCAGGGACUUCAUGCUCAACCAGUAUACAAAGGCAUUUGGUUACCCACCGCUGACAAAGAUCCUGGCAAGUUUCUUCGGGAAGUUUCUGGGACAGGUGAUAGACCCGCUCAAGAACGUGCUGGUGACUGUGGGUGCCUAUGGGGCCCUGUUCACAGCCUUCCAGGCCCUGGUGGAUGUAGGAGAUGAGGUCAUCAUCAUCGAGCCCUUUUUUGACUGUUACGAGCCCAUGACUUUGAUGGCAGGGGGUCGCCCUGUAUUUGUGUCCCUGAAGCCGUGCCCCACCCAGGACAGGGAACUGGAUUCCAGCAGUAACUGGCAGCUGGAUCCCACAGAGCUAGCCAGCAAGUUCACAUCUCGCACCAAAGCCCUCAUCCUCAACACACCCAACAACCCCUUGGGAAAGGUGUUCUCCAGGGCAGAACUGGAGCUGGUGGCCAGCCUGUGCCAGCAGCAUGACGUGGUAUGCAUCACGGACGAGGUCUACCAGUGGCUAGUCUACGAUGGGUACCAGCACAUCAGCAUUGCCAGCCUCCCUGGCAUGUGGGAACGCACCCUGACCGUUGGCAGCGCUGGCAAGACUUUUAGUGUCACAGGCUGGAAGGUGGGCUGGGUCCUGGGCCCGGACAGUCUCCUGAAGCACCUGCGCACUGUGCACCAGAACUCUGUCUAUCACUGUCCCACGCAGGGCCAGGCCGCAGUAGCCCAGUGCUUCGAGCAGGAGCAGAUGCUCUUUGGCCAGCCCAGCAGCUACUUUGCGCAGCUCCCUCAGGCCAUACAGCACAACCGGGACCACAUGAUACGAAGCCUGCAAUCGGUGGGCCUGAGGCCUGUGAUCCCCCAGGGCAGCUACUUCCUCAUCACAGACAUCUCAGACUUCAAGAGCAAGAUGCCGGACUUGCCCGGAGCUGCAGAUGAGCCCUAUGACAGACGCUUUGUCAAGUGGAUGAUCAAGAACAAGGGCUUAGUGGCCAUCCCGGUCUCCGUCUUCUACAGUGUGCCACACCGGAAGCUCUUUGACCACUAUAUCCGCUUCUGUUUCAUGAAGGAUGAAUCCACGCUCCAGGCCAUGGACCAGAAGCUACAGAUGUGGAAGGAUGAGCUCAGGCCCUGACACCACCCCCUUGGCCCUGCCCUGCCUGUUCCCUGCAGGCUCUGCAGAGCUAUGUCUUUGUCCAGGUUUCAGCCAUCCCAGAUUAGGAGUAGAUGGUGGUGGAGGAUCCUUUCUCUGUAACACAGAAUGACCCCAGGGAAGAGCCCCCUUUUGGUCUUGGGGGAAUCAGGAGCACCUCCCCAUGGUGCAUAGCUAUGUUCCUUCUGCAGAGGUGAGGGAGGCCUGACCUGGGCCUCUCCCUGGCCCUCCUUAUGCUGGGCUAUAGUGUCUUGAGUCCCUUCUAGCCUCCCCAGACUCAACUGGAACUCAACGGGCAGAGCUCAACAGUGUAUGGCCUUGGGUCCCAGCCCUGGCCCCAGCCGUGCACUGGCCCCUUGACUAGCCUCAGGCUUCCCUUCCUUUCCUUAUUGAACCUUGACCUUGGAUAAGCUGCCUUUAGGUUUGAGUCCUCAGGACAGUACAUUUUGCCCAUAAUAAAGUUUUAAGUUAUUCAGACCCUUA